AUGAAUACACUUUCUAUUCGUGGUCAACAAAUGGCUGCAUGUGUAUCUCCAUUAAUAAAUAAUUAUAUGGCUGUUCAAAAAAAUCCUUAUGAUGAUGAAUUAAAUCCUAAUGGUAUAUGUAAUUUUGGUGUUGCAGAAAAUUAUUUAUGUGAAGAUGAAUUAAUAUCAAAACUUGAAUCAAUUCAUAUAUGGGAAAAAAAUCAUAUAUAUUAUCCAAAUUCUUUAGGUCAAAUAUCAUUACGAAAAACUUUAUGUAAUUUUUUUCAAAAAUAUUUUCAUCUUAAUUAUCAACUUGAUCCACAUCGUAUGAUAAUUUCAAGUGGUUUAAGUGGUGUUAUGUCAUUAGUAAGUUUUCUUAUUGGUGACAAGGAUGAUGUUUUACUCAUUGCAUCACCUUACUAUACUGCUUUUGAUCAUGAUGUAUCAGCAUUAUCAAAUUGUGCAAUAUUUCCAUGCCCAUUACUUGAACAAGAUACGGGUAAAUUUACAUUUUCAGUUGAAAUUUUUCAACAUGGUUAUACUAAAGCAAUAAAUCAAGGUCUUCAUCCAUGUGGAAUUAUUAUUGUUAAUCCACAUAAUCCAUUAGGUGAUAUUUAUGAUGAAGAAACAAUUCGACCUGUGUUAGAAUUUGCUGCUGAAAAACAAUUACAUGUUAUUAUUGAUGAAAUUUAUGCAUUAAGUAUAUUUGAAAAUGAAAAAACUUUUCCAUCAUUUUUAAAUUAUAAAUCUAUUAUUGAUCCUGAACGUACACAUUUUGUUUGGUCAUUAAGUAAAGAUUUUUCAUUAAGCGGUUUACGUUUAGGUGUACUUUAUGCUGGUUCAAAAGCAUUAUGUUCAUGUGGUGCAGCAGUUAAUUUUCUUCAAGUACCAUCAACUAUCGUUCAAGAAAUUUUAGCUGUAGCUUUAUCUGAUUAUCAAUGGAUUGAUUCAUAUAUAAAAUUAAAUCGUUUACGUUUAACAACACAAUAUGAAAAUGUUAAAAAACAAAUUGAAAAUAUUGAUUCACGUAUAUAUGUUCGACCAUCAAAAGCUGCAUUUUUUCUAUGGACUGAUUUUCGUUCAAUAUUACAUGAAGUUACAUUUGAAGAAGAAAAACGAUUAUUUCAAAUUAUAUUUGAUCACGGUGUUUAUAUCGUAUCGGGUUUUUUUCUUGGAUGUUCUCAACCAGGAUGGUUUCGUAUUAUAUUUUCUGUAAAAGAAACAUGGAUUGAAGAAGGGAUUAAACGAAUAAAACUAGCAUUAGAUGUUUAUCGCCAUUCAAUAAUUCCUUCGAAUGUAUAG